GUAAGAAUGAAGCCCUUCUCCAAAUGCAUGACCUUGUACAUGAUUUAGCCAUAUUCGUAUCAGGUGAUUUUUGUUCUAGUUUAAACUUGAGUAAUGAUUUACUUAGCUCUGCAACAAAGAUUUGUCAUGUGUCAUGUAAGGGAAGCACUUGCGAUCUUAACAAGCUUAACAGCUUGAGCGAAGCUAGUUGUUUGCGUAGAUUUAUAGCAUUGUCAUUGUGGACUCCAAAUGAACAGGUCUCUCCAAAUUACUCAGUUCUAUUUGACAUAUUGCUUAGGAAGGGAGCUUGCUUAAGAGUACUUUCUUUAAGCCGAACUUCUUUCAAGAAGUUGCCUGAUUCAAUUGGCAAUCUAAUACAUUUAAGGUAUUUGGAUUUGUCUUUUAGUGCAAUCGAAGAGUUACCUGAUUUGAUUCGUAGUCUGUACAAUUUGCAAACUUUAUUAUUGUCAUGGUGUAGAUGUCUUUCUCAAUAACCAAAGAUCAUGGGAAGCUUGAUCAAACUGCGUUACUUAGAUAUUGACAAUGUACCUUUGAAAGAGAUGCCGCAACCAAUCAGUCAAAUGAAAUGCUUGCAGUUCUUACCAAAGGUAGUAUUGAGUGACAAAUAUAAGGUUGAUGGGUUUAAAAUUACAGAGUUAGCAGAAGCUGAGUAUGUACGCGAAGGGCUUUGCAUUUUGGGUUUGGAAAAUGUUAAUGAUGCAACAGAGGCUUCAAAGGCUAAUUUAAAGGAUAAGAACAAUGAUGAUGAGGCUGAAAGUUCGCAAAAAGAAUUAGAUGUACUGGACGCACUUCGACCCCAUACAAACUUGAAGCAUCUUGUGAUUGAAAGUUAUAGAGUCAAGAAGAAUCAUGGCAGUCGAUCAUGUUGCUGGUGCUUCGCUUCUGCCUCACUUCAGAUUUUGUUUGAAAGAAAGAUUGGCCUCUAAGCACAUACCCCAGCUGAUCAAGGGGAAGAAAGUCAUCAUGGACCAGCUAAAUGAUGCUGAGGAUAAGCAACUUAGAAACAGUUUGUCUGAGAAAACAAUUGUCAAUUCAGUACAUGCACACUCUACAUCUUACCUAACAGUCACUUUGAGAGGCUUGUUAUACAAACCAUUUGUAUUUGUACACAUAAUUAAGUGGAAACAGUUUAUAAUAGUGUUAGUAAUUUAGUAGAAACUGUACCUAACUUUAAUUUCUUGUUAGCCAAUCAUAUUGCAGAAGAAAUUCAAUGGCAUUUCUUUAAUGUGUAUUAUAAAUUACUAGUAGAGUCAUCACUACAUUCCAAAUUAAUUACAACCCAUAAGCACUAAUACAACUUUUUCUGUUAAAUAAUAUGAACAAAGAGUUUAAUAACAUAAAAAGGAGCAUUAAACACUUGCUUUUAACCAAAUACAGUUUGUCCUUUAUUGAAAACUGAGGCCGGCCAUUACACUUUCUUCCAUUAUUGCUUUGCUUUCUGGAUUUGAUUCCUUUCACUUGAGGUUUUGAUCAUGGCAGCCGAAUUGGUAGCUGGUGCUUUGCUUUCUGCUUCACUUCAGGUUUUGUUUGAAAGAUUGGCCUGUGAGGAGAUACCCCAGCUGUUUCAGGGAAAGAAAGUGAUAUUGGAUCAGCUAGAUGAGUUGAACACUGUGUUGUUAUCAGCUAAUGUACUUCUCAAUGAUGCUGAGGAGAAGCAACUUCGAAACGAGGAGGUUAGAAAGUGGUUGUUCAAGCUUCAAGAUGUGAUUUAUCAAGCUGAUGACUUGCUUGAUAGGAUUGACUAUGAAGCUCUGCAAUCCAAGCUUGAAGAUGAUCAAUCUAGUAGCAGUGGAAGCAAGGUAUUUCGCCAACUGAAAUCUUUUUCGUUAUUCAUGUCUGAAUUCGAUAGAUCUGUUAAGCUUGAUGCGAUGGAGAUCCUUCGUAAGCUGAAAAUUCUUGUUGAUCAAAAAGAUGCUCUUGGCCUAAGAGAAGGUGCUCAGAACAAACCUUCACCAAGACCACCAGCUCCUUUGGUAGAACAUGGUGAUGUUUAUGGGAGAGAUAUUGAGAAGAAAGCCAUCAUUGAUAUGUUGCUAAAAGAUGAUGUUGAAGGUGGUAAUAAGAUUUCUGUCAUCCCAAUUGUUGGGAUGGGUGGUAUUGGCAAAACUACUCUUGCUCAAGUUGUUUAUGAUGAUGACAGAGUUCAGAAACAUUUUGAGUUAAAAGUAUGGAUUACUGUGUCAGAUGAGUUUGAUAUUUUUAAGAUAACAAAAGAGAUUGUUAAGGGUGUCACCUCUAGAAGAUGUGAUAUUGAGAAUUUCGAAGAACUUCGAAGGAGGUUGAAGGAAGAAUUGAAGGGGAAGAAAUUUCUCUUUGUUCAUGAUGAUGUUUGGAAUGAAUCUUAUUCUCUAUGGGACACUUUGAAGAGCUCUUUCGAGUCUGGAGCAACUGGAAGUAAAAUUCUCGUGACUACUCGAAGCACAAUUGUGGCUUCUACUAUGGCCACUGGGAAGGUUCAUGAUCUAAAAACUUUGUUGAAUGAAGAUUGUUGGAAACUCUUUGUUAAACAUGCCUUUGGUAACAACAUUGAUCUCAAUGAGUACCGUGAACUAGAAGUAAUUGGUAGGAAAAUAGUUGAAAUGUGCAAUGGUUUGCCCUUAGCAAUAAAAUCUUUAGGUGGAUUGCUACGUUCUGAACGAAAUGCCAAGAAAUGGGAAGACAUACUUAAUAGUGACACAUGGGAGGAGUUGUACAAGAAGGAGGGUUCGAUUCUUCCAGCUUUAUGGUUAAGUUAUCGUCACUUACCUGCACAUCUCAAGCAAUGUUUCGCGUAUUGUUCAUUGUUUCCAAAAGAUCAUGAAUUUGAAAGAGAAAAUUUGAUUUUGUUAUGGAUGGCUGAAGGGUUUUUGCCAAUGGAUACACAAAGUAAAAAGAUGGAGGAAUUCGGAAAGGAAUACCUUGAAGAUCUUUUAUCAAGAUCAUUCUUUCAACAUGCAAGUACUAAGAAAGGAUCUCUUCUCCAAAUGCAUGAUCUCAUACAUGAUUUAGCCAUACUUGUAUCACAUGAUUUUUGUUCCAAAUUGGAGAUGAGUAAUAGCUAUUCAUCAAAGACUCGACGUGUGUCAUGUAAUGAAAGUAGUUACGACCUUAACAAGCUUAACAGUUUGCGUAAAGCUAGUUGUUUACGUACCUUCAUAACAUUGUGGAAUCCAAAUAGACAAGUCUCUCCAAACUACACAAACUACAUAGUCUUGUUUGAUAUAUUGUUUACAAAAGGAAGUUGUUUAAGAGUGCUUUCUUUAAGUGAACGUAUUACCAAGUUGUUUGGUAGAAACUUUAUCAAGCAGUUGCCGGAUUCAAUUGGAAAUUUGAAGCAUUUAAGGUACUUGGAUUUGUCUGGUACUGAAAUCGAAGAGUUACCUGAUUCAAUUUGUAGUUUGUACAAUUUACAAACUUUAUUGCUUUCAGGGUGUGAAAAACUUUCUCAUUUACCAAACAAUAUGGGCAGCUUGAUCAAGUUGCGUUACUUAGAUAUUGAAGGUGUGCCUUUGAAAGAAAUGCCAAAAGGAAUUAGUGAGAUGAAAUACUUGCAAUUCUGUCCAAAGGUAAUUUUGAGUGACAAAUAUAAUGUUGAUGGGUUUAAAAUAGCAGAGUUAGCAAAGGCUGAAUAUGUACGCAAAAGACUUUCCAUUUCGGGUUUGGAAAAUAUUAAUGAUGCAAAUGAGGCUUCAGAGGCUAAUUUAAAGGAUAAGAAGGAUCUUACAAAACUAACUUUGAGUUGGGACAGUGAUGUUGUUGGUGUUGAUAGUUCACAAAAAGAAUUAGAUGUACUUGAUGCACUUCGACCCCAUACAAACUUGAAGCAUCUUGUGAUUGAAAGUUAUAGAGGUACAACAUUCUCGAAUUGGAUUACUGAUAAUGCUUUUUCUAAUUUAGUAUCUGUCUAUUUGAAAAAUUGUAGAAGUUGUUGUUAUAUACCACCACUUGGACGACUAGCUUCUUUGAAAGAUCUCUUCAUAAGUGGAUGUGAUAGUUUGUUGUCAAUAGGUGAUGAGAUUGAUAGCAAUGGUCCUCUAUUCAUUUGUUUAGAAAACUUAACAAUUGACAAUAUGUUGAUGUGGAAAAAAUGGUCAUUUGGUAGUGAAGCUAUUCUUCAAGGUCAAAUAUUCCCUCUUCUUAAAUCACUUAGUCUAUGGAGUUGUCCAAAACUUAAAGUUGGUUUACCUUGUUAUCUUCCAUCCUUGGAAAGUCUUAGAAUCAAUGGUUGUGAAGAAAUGGAGGUUUUGGUUCCAAGAACUACUCAACAAAGUGUCAUAGCCCCACCUUUUCUUCUUGUGUCCCUAUGUAUUGAAAAUUGCCCUAUGUUGGAAUCACUUCUAAAUUGGGAAUUACACUCCAAAGUAGAGGAAAUUUGGUUAUGGAACACAAAAGCUCUUUUUGAGAAACGUUGUAAAUGGGAUCUACAUAGACUCUUGUGUUUGAAAUUCUUGAACAUCCUUGGGUGGGAAGAUGAAUCAUUUCUUGAUGAAGGGCUCCUUCCUAUCACUCUAAAUACAUUAUUAAUUCGAAGUUGUAACAACCUUGAAACUCUAAAUGGCAAAGCCUUUCAACAACUCACAUCUCUUCAAACAUUGGAUAUUAGUGGAUGUAAAAGGUUGUGGUGCUUGCCACAAGAAGGGUUGCCUAAUUCCCUUUCUAAAUUAUAUAUCAGUGAAUGCCCUUUGGUAAAGCAACGAUGUGAGAAAGGAGGAGAAGAUUGGCCUAAGAUUCAACACAUCAAACGUGUGAAUUUGGAUGGAAAGUGUAUCAAUUAA